AUGAUUGUAACUAUGAGGAAAAAUAAACAUUGUAACUAUCUGAUUGAUCUUUUCAAAAAAGAUACCGAAAUCGAAGAUGAUCAAGAAGUACUUCGUAGUCUUACAUAUCGUCAAAGAUUAUUAAGAAAAAUGUAUCCAUUAGGAUUUCUAUAUGAAUUAAAAAAUUUACUACGUUUAGCAAUACCUAUUACUAUUUCAUCAAUGUUAACAUAUACAAUUUCACCUGUCAGUAUGGCAUUCUGUGGUCAUUUAGGCAAAAUUCAAUUAGCUACAAUCGGUUUAGCUAUGUCAGUGUUUAGUGUUUGUGGUAUGUUUGUUAUUCUAGGAUUACUCUCUGCAUGUGAUACAUUAUUUUCACAAACAUAUGGGAGUAUAAUGAAAGAUAAAAUGAUUGUUCAAUUAUACAGAGCUGUUAUCUUAAUUUUACUAUGUUGUAUUCCAUCAUGUGCUUUGUACUUGAACGCGGAACCAUUACUAUUAUUACUUGGACAAAAUCCUUUAAUUGCAAAGGGAACUGGUGAAUUGUUGCUUUAUCUUAUACCGGGAUUACUUUUUAGUUCACUUGGACAAUUAUUUAUAAGGUUUGUUCAAACACAAAAUCAUGUAUAUGCUCCAUUAGUUAUCAUGAUUUUUGUGAAUGGUAUCAAUGCAUUAAUGCAUUAUAUACUGAUUUAUAUAAUGAAUAUGGAUGUAAGAGCUUCACCAAUAUCUCAAGCAACAGCAUAUUUUUUUCAAGUAAUAUGCUUUAUUGUUUACAUCAUAUUCAUAGGUCAUUCAAAAGAUACCAACUUUAAAUUUACAAGAGAAAUUUGGGAAGAUUGGAAUACAUGGUUUCGUUUAGCUAUACCUGGUUUAAUUAUGGUUAGUCUUGAAUGGACAAUUUAUGAAAUUGGUGGUUUUAUCGCUGGGACUUUGGGAGCUCGUGAACUUGCUGCACAAACUAUUAUUCUAUCUAUUGGAUCUAUUAGUUAUACUUUGCUUCCACUUGGUGUUGGUAGUGCAGCAGGUAUACGUGUAGGACAAUAUCUUGGUGCUCAAUCUGCUAAAGGCCCAUAUUCUGUAUUUAGUGUAGCUAUGACAUUAGUUGGUUGUUGGGCUUUACCAUAUUUAGGAAUUCUAAUUGCUACAAGAUGGUAUUUACCAAGAGUUUUUACAUCUGAUGAUGGCGUCAUUGAACUUGUAGCUGAACUAAUGCCAAUUAUAGCUUAUUUCCAAAUUAUCGAUGGUGCGAAUGGUAUAUGUAGUGGUGUCUUGAAAGGAUCAGGUUUACAAACAGUUGGAGCAGUUGUAAACAUAUUUUGUCUUUACAUGCUUGCUGUACCACUUGGGAUUUGUCUAGUUUAUGUAGCAAAUCUUAGAUUGACCGGUAUUUGGGUCGGUCUCGUUAGUGCUGCAACAUUACAAGUGUCUACAUUAUGCAUAAUAUGUUUCCGUUUGAAUUGGACAACACAAAUCAAACUGGCUAAAGAAAGAAUAAAAGUAGAGAAUGAAUCAUCAGAAAUGGCUAUGAAAAAUCUUGGUGAACUUACUGCUACUGGGAUUGUGAACGUUGAUGAGGAUAUUCAUAUUUCCCAGAAAAAUCAUCAAGUUAAUCAUUUACCAAUUGAACAAAAUCAUAAAUCAAUAAAACAACAAAAUUCAUUGAAUAAAAUUAUUUUAAGAAAUAGAAUUAUUUUUAUUAUAAUUUUAUUUUUAAUUCUUAUCUUAAGUAUUUUAUGUAGAUUAUUAAUUAAUUUACAAAAUUAUUUUGGUAUUUAUUGUGUUUAUCAUAAUGAUACAUUUAUACAAAUUACUAAUUAUAAUAUUACUGAUAAUUGUACAGUAGUGAUUCCAUAGAAAAAAAACUAAAAAAAAUCUUUUGAAAAAAUUAAAAAAAAAACAUUUUUUCGGUGGUUUGUUUGUUUGUUUUUUCUUUUAUUCUUUCAUGAAAAGAUACAUUCGUAAUUAAUUUCAUUACAAAUUACCCAUUGUAAUAUUACUGUUAGCUGUACAGUAGUUAUUCCAUAAAAAAAUUAAAAAAAACUUUUUCUGGUAGUUUUUUUUUGUUCUUUUUCAUGAAAAGGUACGUUCGCAACUAAUUUCAUCACAAAUUCCUCAUUAUAAUAUUACUGUUAGCUGUACAAUAGUUAUUCCAUAAAAAAAUUUUAAAAAAUGUUUUAAACAAAAAUAAAAAAAAUGUGUUUCGGUAGUUUUUUUUUGUUGUUUUUUCCCGUGAAAAAAAAACAUUCACAAUGAAUUUCAGAUUUAAUGUUUGUUUUUUUUCGUUUCUUUUUUAUUUAAGAAAAAAAAUUUAGUUUUUACGAAUUGAUUAAAAAAAGAGUAUAGAAUACAAAUGAAAUUGGUUAAUUUAUGAUGAUUAUUGAACAUUGAAUUCAAUAUUAAUCAAUAUUUAUUGAUAUUAAAUUAAUUUGUAGAAAAAAAAUUAUUCAAUGAACAUAAGUAAAUUUUAACAGAUUUUUAAAGUAGUAUGUAAAUGUGUCGUUUGUUUUUCUUGUUUGUUUGUUUUCAUAAACAAGUUGAGUAUGAAUAAAUGUUUAAAUAAAGAUGAGUUGAUUAAUAUAGUUUAUAUUAUUUGUGAAGACGGACCAUGGGUGAACUCGAGGAAGCUGUAGAAGGCUCAGAAGGAGCCGAAGAUAUUCCAUCCAAUCACGUUUCAGAAGAAUAUUCUAGAAUUCCAACGUGUAGCCUCCUGAUUAGUCAAUGCUAAUAACCCUAUGAACGCGGAUUGGUAAACUGUAAUGAUGAUUUCGUUAUUACUAACAACUAUAAAUACCUGACGAUUUUGUACUAUAAUGAACACUG